UGACUCCCUCCAAGCCUUCCCCGUCUGUCCAAGCUAUUUUUAGCACCAAGAGAUCCAAAAUGGCGGAAUCGUAAAAAGUCUGAAAUGUGUUGGCGUUUCGUUUUAAGUGGUUCUACUCGCAUUUCAACGAGCCUUCGCCCACUAGGGGCCAAGAGAAACCUUGCUACAAGUUCUGAAGGCAAAUCUUCGAGUGAAAGUCACCUAAUUCAGCGUUUAUUUCAGGGAAUAAUUCGAGGGGACCGUGGUAGUUUAGCCCAAGCAAUUACAUUGGUGGAAACACUUCAUCCAAGUAAAUACCAUCACGCCCAAAAACUGCUCGCGAGAGUGGUGAAGUACUCAAAACAUGCUCCACCAUUCUCAAAUGGCCGACAUUGUUCUUUUAGAAUUGGUUUAUCAGGACCUCCUGGAGGGGGUAAAUCUACAUUUAUUGAGACAUUUGGGACUUUUCUGACCAAUAGGAAGCAUCAAGUUGCUGUGUUGGCUGUAGACCCGUCAUCUUCCACAACAGGAGGAUCCCUACUGGGUGACAAGACUCGCAUGACUGAACUGUCACGAAAUCCUAAUGCAUACAUCAGACCCUCACCCUCUUCUGGAACUCUGGGUGGUGUAAACCGCAGUACAAAUGAAGCCAUUCUCCUCUGUGAAGCUGCUGGUUAUGACACUGUUUUAGUGGAAACAGUUGGUGUUGGUCAGUCAGAGAUUGCUGUUGCACACAUGGUUGACAUGUUUGUGUUGUUAAUUCCACCAGCCGGUGGUGACGAGUUGCAAGGAAUCAAGAAAGGCAUUGUGGAGAUGGCUGAUCUUGUACUAGUUAAUAAAGCUGAUGGAGAACUUAUCAUUCCGGCACAAAGAAUUCAGACAGAAUACAUCAGUGCUUUGAAAUUGUUAAGGAAAAAAUCACCUCAGUGGAAUCCUUCGGUUCUGCGUGUUUCCUCUCAAACUGGUGAAGGAAUUGAGAAAGCUUGGGAAAACAUGGAACAAUUUUACCACAUCAUGCUGGAAAAUGGAGAACUUGAACAAAGACGUUGUAAACAGCAUGUGAUCUGGAUGUGGAAUCACAUUAAAGAGCAAAUUAUGGGAAGAUUUAAGUCAAAUCCUGAUGUGCAGAGAGAAAUUAUUCAUUAUGAGAAGUUAGUCGCUGAUGGAGAUGUGACUCCCGGCAUGGCAGCUGAUGUACUCCUUAAAACAUUUUCACAUUCAUCUAGCACUCCAAUAGCACCUUCGUUAAAGAUUGUGUGAUAAGUAUAAGCCACAAAGGCUGAGAUUGUCAUAGGCUUGUGUCUGUUAUUAUAGAUAGACAUAAAACUUAAAAUCAAUUAUCUAAGAAAGCAAUAAAAAAACAAGUGAAUUAUGUCAUAAGUUCAGAGUGAAAUGAUGUGCUGGUCUGGCAAAAAUGAAGCAUAUCAUUUCCCAGUACUACUAUUAGCUUUUUUUAUAAAUUAUGAUAAUUCAUUAGAAAAUAACUAGAAACAACUCAGAACUGAUGCAUAUAAAUAUAUAGUAUAUAGUGUAAAUAAAGAAUUGAAUUGAAUUAAAUUGAUGAAGUUACUAAAAAAGUGUUUACUGCACAGGGAUUGAGAACAAUCAGUAUUUGUUUAGAAAUUAGAGGCUUUAAGUUGAAAAUUUAAGAGAUAUUUAAUUCAGGCAAAUUAAAUGAAACAACAAAGUGUUGACUUU